AUGGCAACAGCAGUGAAAGCAACAGCAGUGAAUACAACAAGGGCGGUACGUGUGAAGAAAUACGUCAGAGAGUUCCCCAGCCGAACCAACUACAACUGCCACGCCCUGUCCAACACGUCCGGCAACGGACUGGAAGAAAACGUGUACAAGCUGAUGGACUUCCUGCUGGACAAGUACCCGGAGGACAUGCUGAUGCCGUGCUCUCUGGGAACCCCGGAAGAGCCGCUGAAGAAGCCAAUGUUACCGCACAAGGACGGCGUGUCCAACUGGAGGAAGGGCCAAGACAAGUUCAUUAACGUUAUCAAGUCUGACGGCGAUUACGAGAACAUCACGGACCACACACGUUGCUUCAAGGAGGGCGAUACCAAGCUGGACAUAGACCUGAAGACGGUGACACGUACCGGUACGAGCGGCAUCAUCAUAGUGUCACCAAGCACCAACAAGGUGCGGAUGUACAAGAGCAGCACGGCUCCUAAAGUGCCAGAACCGCGUGCGGUGAGUCGUGGCAUCCAAGGAGAAGGGCCGUCAGACAACACUGCUAUGAUGUUGAACAUGCUGAGCCAAGAGCGGAACCUAGGCGGCGAGAAGUACUACAGCCUGUGGCUGAAGCUGGGGCAGACCAGUGAGAAGCAGGAGGCAGUUGGAAGAGGCUCGAGCGCGGUGGCUGGGAUGCGAAUAUGCAAAUUGCAGGCAGGUCGAGAGCUCAAUGCAGAAGGCACCGUCUCCAGGCAGAAACGCGGCAGAGUGGAGGACGUAAUGGUCGACAAAGGAAGUGGGAGCAGUUGUGUUUGCCAAGAAUUCAGUCACGAUAGACUAGAACGACGUCCCAUGAUGUUCGAGGUUGGGGUAUUCCUGCCGCUUAGUCACUGGCAAGUCUGCAGUCCAGUCAGCAGUCCUGUAACCGUUUACACAACCUCUCAUACACAGGCAGGAAAGUCAGGCGCAUGCGACUGUCUCUACCAAGCCUGA